AUUGAACCCCACUGCAUCCCAUUGCACCCCAUUGAACCCCGCUGCAUCCGGCAUCCCCCUCUUCCUCCGUGAAAGCCAGGGCUGGGUGUAAGGCUGGUGCAGGUGCCCCUGGGGCUGUGUCCUGUCUGCUGCCAGCAGCCCCCCCAGCAGCCCCCUCCCGCCGGGCUGGGGGUGAGGGUGGGGGACCCCUGACCGCGGCCGGGAGGGUGGAGGGGCUGCGAGUGGUGCCCCAGCUCAGGGGGACGCACCGAGCUGGCCGCUCUCAGCCUGACCCCCGUGGUGAGGAAGGCAGGGGAGGGGUGGCUCCGGUGCCAGGGGACCUCGCUCCGGCUGGGAGAGUGGGAGGCAGAGCCUGGGAAUGGAGGGCAGGAUGCGCCUGAUUUCUCCUGAGAGUCCUGGGGUACUUGAGGCUGCACUCAGCCAGCCCUGUGCCCCAGUGGCCCCCGUGUCCUGGUGGCCCUUGUGUCCUGGUGCUCCCUGCGCUCCAGCAGCUGCUGCUGCAGGUGCAUCUGACCUGGUUCUGGGGUAAUUUGGCAUCUGAGAUGACGCCACACUUCCCAUCACCGCUGCUGUGGGUGCAGGGAGGGAAGGUGCCAGUGGGUCUUGGCAGUGGUGCUGCCCCUGCCCGGUCCGGGCUGCUCAUGGCUCCCGGCUCUCCGGUUGUGCAUGCGGGGAAACCGAGGCAGGACCAGCUGGAUCUCACUGGCCUGUUGUCUUCUUUGGGAACCUCCAGUUCCCGAGCUGAGGGGCAGCUCAGCUGAUGGUCCCCUCGGACGGGUUCCCGUCCCCGUGCUCUGCUCCCCGUCGCCGUUCAAAGGCUCUUUUCAGUGAGUCAUUUUCUCUUUUGCUGUCCCACUAUCCAGGGAAAAUGGUGACGUUGGCGGUACAAAGUGUGUUCACCAUGGAAACCAGCUGGAAGGGGGGGCACGCCGCCCCCCGCUCCUCCCAGGUUCGGCUUUGCAUCCCGAGCCUCAGAAGAUGGCUCUGGAGCUCCUUCCCUGCUCCCUGGCAUGGCUGGGCUGUGCCGAGGCCCGUGGGACCACUCGCUGCCACGCCGGGAGCCAGGGUGCCCUGUGCCCCCGGAGCAGGGGCGCUGCCGGUGCCCACCGGGGCAGCAGAAGCUUCCCCAGCCCCCGGUGCCCUUCAGGUGCCGGUCUCAAGGACACACGGGAGCCGCGUGGAGCUCCGGAGCUGGGCAGCGUGGCCAGGGCACGGGGACGGGGACGCUCCACGCUCCGUGUGCUGGAGCCGCGUGUGCGCCACGAGCAUCCCCAGGAGCUCGGCCCCGCCUCGGUGACCCAGGGAAGGCUCACGGCACCGGCGGGGUCUGUGCCAGGCCCGCGGCCCCUGUCCCAGCCGGGCACCGCGGAGCUGGGGGGGUUUCUGGUGACCGGCUCCGCUGGCAGUGCCACGACCUUCCGGCUGCUCCCACCACAAGGGCGCCGGUUGUUUGGGCAGGCUCCGGGCAGAAUAGUAAUGUGGCAGCUGCAGCUGGCAGCGGGGCCCGCUGGGGAUGGGCACCUCCGCUGCCACCAUGGCCACCGUGUGCCCUGCCGCCCCACGGGACGCUGCACAGCUGGAGUGGGGCGGCGGCUGCCGGGAUUUGGGGUGCGCUGGUGCCCAGAGGAUGCGGUGCCCAGCCAGUGCAGCCGCGUCCCUUCCCCAUGCCCCGGGUUCCUCCCAGUGUGGGGCUCAUGGGACCAAAUUCCUGCUCUUCCAGCUCCCGCGGGUGUCCCACCAACCUUGGGAUGUCACCGUGCUGUGGCCAAACCCCCUGGGGGACGGCACCCCCCUUAGCGAGCUCUCCUGGUCCUCCUCGCUGGCUGUUGUGGCCGUUUCCUUCUCGGGGCUCUUCACCUUCAUCUUCCUCAUGUUGGCCUGUCUGUGCUGCAAGAAGGGGGACAUUGGCUUCAAGGAGUUUGAGAACGCCGAGGGUGACGAUUACGUGACAGAGCUGUCGGCGCAGGGCUCGCCUGCCCCCCAGCAUGGCCCCGAGGUUUAUGUCCUGCCCCUCACCAAGGUGUCCCUGCCCAUGGCCAAGCAGCCGGGGCGCUCAGUGCAGCUCCUCAAGUCGGCGGACCUGGGGCGGCAGAGCCUGCUCUACCUGAAGGAGAUCGGGCACGGCUGGUUCGGCAAGGUGUUCCUGGGGGAGGUGAACUCGGGCAUCAGCAGCACCCAGGUGGUGGUGAAGGAGCUGAAGGCGAGUGCCAGCGUGCAGGACCAGAUGCAGUUCCUGGAGGAAGCGCAGCCCUACAGAGCCCUCCAGCACACCAACCUGCUGCAGUGCCUGGCCCAGUGCGCCGAGGUCACCCCGUACCUGCUGGUGAUGGAGUUCUGCCCGCUGGGUGACCUGAAGGGGUACCUGCGGAGCUGCCGGGGGGCCGAGGCCAUGACCCCGGACCUGCUGACCCUGCAGAGGAUGGCGUGCGAGGUGGCCUGCGGCGUCCUGCACCUGCACAGGAACAACUACAUCCACAGCGACCUGGCCCUGCGGAACUGCCUCCUCACCGCCGACCUCACCGUGAAGAUCGGGGACUACGGGCUCUCGCACUGCAAGUACAAAGAUGACUAUUUCGUGACGGCCGACCAGCUGUGGGUGCCGCUGCGCUGGAUCGCGCCCGAGCUCAUCGAUGAGGUGCACGGCAACCUGCUCGUGGUGGACCAGACCAAGGCCAGCAACGUCUGGUCGCUGGGCGUCACCAUCUGGGAGCUGUUUGAGCUGGGCAGCCAGCCCUACGACCACUAUUCCGACCGCCAAGUGCUGGCCUACGCCAUCAAGGAGCAGCAGCUGAAGCUGCCGAAGCCCCAGCUGAAGCUGUCGCUGUCGGAGCGCUGGUACGAGGUGAUGCAGUUCUGCUGGCUGCAGCCCGAGCAGCGCCCCACGGCCGAGGAGGUGCACCUGCUGCUGUCCUACCUGUGCGCCAAGGGGGCCACGGAGGCCGAGGAGGACUUCGAGAAGCGCUGGAAUUCCAUGAAGCCCAACGGCAGCGCCAGCGGCAGCCACCACGGCCCCGAGCUCUCGUCCUUCCCGCUGCUGGAGCAGUUCUCGGCCGACGGGUUCCCCUCAGACGGGGACGACAUCCUCACCGUCAUGGAGACCAGCCACGGCCUCAACUUCGAGUACAAGUGGGAGCACACCAAGACCGAGCACUUCCAGGCCCCCCUGGGCUCCCUGAGCCCCAGCAGCGCCGCCCGCUACCACGACCUCUAUUACCCGGCCACGACGGCGGGGCUCAGCCUGGGGGUGUCCCCGUCCUGCUACGAGUGCAAGGCCUCCGGCUGCCCCGGGGUGCCCGCGCCCGGCGUGGUGCCCAUCCUGGGCGCCCACAGCCCCUCUCUGGGCAGCGAGUACUACAUCCGCAUCGAGGGUCCCGGCGAGGGCAGCGCCGAGCUGGAUUAUGCCAUGUGCAGCUACAGCCCGGUGGGCGAGCGGGGGGCCCCGCGGCCCCCGGGCUGCUGGAGAGCCCAGGGCGGCCGCGGCGGAGGCACCUACGACUCGGACGGCAGCCCCACGGUGUCCCUGAGCAUGGAGCCGCUGCUGGGCCACGCUCCCGCGGCAGAGGGCUCCUGGGAGUGCGCCGAGUACUACCCCUACCCCUGCCCCGGGCAGGAGCCCAGGGGCUACGAGCCGUCCCCCAGCCAGGGGGCCGAGGGGUACCUGCUGGAGGAGGAGCCCCCCCAGCCGGGCAGCCAGGACUGGCCCGUCCCCGCCUUCCAGCCCGGCGUCUUUGCCGACCCGCUGGGCGUCUCGCCGUCGGGGAACUGCGCCUACAGCCCCCCGGGGUACGGGGGCGCAGCGGGGGCGAGCGGGGCCCCGCCGGACUGCGUGGCGCUGGAGCUGGGCGAGGACAGCCCCCCCAGCGCCCCCCACCCGCCCGCUGCCAGCCCCCCUCCUCAGCGCCAGCCCUGGGCCUCCAACAGCUCCUCCAACAACAACAUCGGCAGCGGCAGCCCCCGCGAGCCCCCGGCCGGCGACAGCUGGUGCUACCGCCGCAUGAUCACCUUCCGCGGGCUCAUGGCCAAGCCGCUGGGCACGGUGCCCCGCGGGCAGCCCCAGCUCGGGGGGUCCCCGCCGGGCCACGACUUCCUCCGCCCGCGGCAGGAUCAGCCCCCCGCCAUGGCCGGCGGCUCCUCCUCCCCGUGCCGCUCGCCCUCCCCGCGGCGGCAGGCCUGGCACGGCCGUGACUCAUCACCCUGCGGCCCCGCGCAGCCCGGCACGCUGGCGGAGAGCCCCGCCGCGCCCCGGGGCCCCGCCGCGGCCCCGCCACCUGCGCCGGGGGCCCCGCGCGAUGCCCACCCCGAGGAGAGCUCGGCCGGGGGAAGCCCUGCCCGCAGCCCGCUGCCCCCCGCCGCCGCGGGGCCGGCGGAGGCCGCUCCCCCCGGGGCUGGCACGGCCGCCCCGAGCCCCGGCCCCCCCGGCGAGCCCGGAGCGGACGGAGCCCAGCCCGUACCGGAGCCCGCCGAGGCCCCCGCCGAGGCCGCGGCCGAGAGCGGCGCCUGUGCCGCCGCCGACGCCGACCGGACUCCGGACAAGACCUUCUCCAGCAGCAGCUUCCCCAGCGCGGACGAGGGCAGCGACGAGGACACGGCCGAGCUGACCUCCGGCGUCUUCACCGACUUCUCCGGGGAAUACACGGAGCGGGCGGAGGCGGCCCCGGCGCUCAGGUCCCUGCAGAAGCAGGUGGGGACGCCGGACUCGCUGGAGUCGCUGGACAUCCCCUCCACGGGCAGCUCCUGCGAGGUGCUCAGCCCCGGAGCCUUCGCGCCCGCCGGCCAAGCCCGGGCCCUCGACAGCGGCUACGACACCGAGAACAACGAGUCCCCCGAGUUCGUCCUUAAGGAGCCCCACGAGCCCCGGGAGCCCGAGGCCUUCGGCCAGCUGGGGAAGCCGCCCCCGGGACUGCCGGGGGGCGAGGGUGAGGCUGCGGCCCCUGAAACGCGGCUGCCCAGUAGCCCGGGGGCCGAGCCGCCCGGGCUGGCCGAGAAGAGCCCCUACCGUGACUCUGCCUACUUCUCCGACUGCGACGCCGAGGCCGAGCGCGGCCACAAGGACGAGGGGGACAGCGAUGGGUCCCGCACCCCGGAGGCAGAGGAGGGUCCCCGCUGCCCUGCGCAGGACAUAGGGCGAGGAGAGGACCCGCUGCACCCGCCGGGGGCUCCCGGCAGCCCCCCGGCAGCGCCUGGCGCGGCGGUGGCGGUGCCCGCACCGGCGGCUUUGGAGGGGGUCUGGGUGGGGACGGAGGCCGGGAGCUCACGGGAGCGGGCACCUGGCACCGAGCAGAGCCCCGCUGGCACGGGGCUGGUGCCGGGCAGCCCCCCGCGCCCUGACACGGACACCUGUCCCCCGGGCUCCGUGACCCCCAAGACUUUCCUCUUGACCCCGGUGCCGGUGAGCCCUGGGGAGCCAUCAGCUGUUGGAGGCACCUGCGUGCCCCAGGGCGCCCCUGGACCUGGGGGAGCCACCGUGGGGGACAAACUGACUGUGACCCCCGCGCCUGGGGAGCUGGGGCUGCCCCUGGAGGGGACUGGGGCGGGCGAUGCGCCGGGGGGUCCCAGCACGCUGCUACCUGGGGGCGAAUCGCGGCCGGGGCUCUCCCCGCCCCCGGCGGCCCCCGAGCGCCGCGAGGAGCCGGAGGAGGAGGAGGAGGACACGGAAGACAGCGACGAGUCGGAUGAGGAGCUGCGCUGCUACAACAUCCAGGAGCAGAGCGAGGAGAGCGAGGAGGAGCCGGCGGCCGUGCCCAUCGUGGUGGCCGAGAGCCAGAGCGGCCGGAACCUGCGGAGCCUCCUCAAGAUGCCCAGCCUGCUGUCCGAGUCCUUCUGCGAGGACCUGGAGCGCAAGAAAAAGGCCGUCUCCUUCUACGACGAUGUGACCAUCUACCUCUUCGACCAGGAAAGCCCCACCCGGGAGCUGGCUGAGCAGAGCUUCCCAGAGCCCACCCUGCCUUCGGGGCAGCCCCCCUCGCCUUCGGGGCAGCCGCCUGCCAGUGGCAGCCCCCCCAGCCCCACCGACAGGCUCGGGGCCUCCGACGACUCUUCGGACGGCAACGCCUCGGAAGAGAGCGGUGGCUUCGAGUGGGACGAUGACUUCCCUCUGAUGCCAGUGAAGCCGUCCCUGGUGGCCUCGCUGCCGGGGACGCCGGCAGAGCCCCCCGCGGCCGUGCCCGCCCUGGUGCCGGCGCAGAAACAGGUGCUGCCCAUCCAGUUCUCCCGGUUCACGGUCUCUCCUGCCCCGGUGUCCCGGUUCUCCAUCACCCACGUCUCCGACUCGGACAUGGACUCCAUAGGAGGCAGCAGCGAGGACGGUGACCGGGAGUGAGCCCGCCGGGACGCAGCCGGCAUUGCCCCGGCACCGGGGCGGCGCAGGACGGCGGGGCCGGCGCGGGGGCCGCCCGUGGGCUCCCACACCCCGCUGGGCAGUUUUUAGGCAGAUUUUAUCGGAAGGAACUCGUUUGCUGCUUGGAGUGGGAGCGGGGCCGGCGCGGCCCCCGCGGGGCCAGGCGGUGGGUGACGGUGACGGCCGUGCGUGUGCGGGUGGCUGUGAGCGUGCGUGUAAAAUACACACUUAUAUAUAUAUAUAUACAUAUAUAUAUAUAAAUUAUAGCGUUUCAAGGGUAGUGCCCUGACCUUGCUAACAUUUGCAGAGUGUCUCCUCCCCAGUGACGUUCCCCCUUGGCUUCUUGCCCACAUGUGCUCCCCGAGGCGGUUUGUCCCCACACCCCUUCUCCCCCGGGCUGUCCCCUCCCUGUGCCGUGUGCUCAGUCUUGCACCUUGUGGCAGCUUGGCUGUCCCACCGUGUCCCACAGCUGCCCCAUGGCUGCCCCAGAGACGCUCCACGACAUUCCUGACCGAGGGCCCACUGGCUGCUGCCACUCUGGAUGUCACUCCCUGUGCCAGGGGUGCCACCGGCUACCCAGAGUGGUCCCCAUGGCUUUGGAGCUCCCCUCCCUUGGUUUGCAGGGAUCAGUCCCAGCUGGGGACCCUGAGGACUGCUGGGACCCUUGUCCAUUGGAGUGGGGAGCAACACUGGCUGGUUGUGGGGGGAAUAUCCCCCCACCGGGAGCCGCCAACCUGACUAUUUUUGUAUUUAAACAAAAAUUAAAAUACCCCAACCCCACCCCAAAACCAAAACUUGCUGUUGACUGAACCCACAUUG